AUGGUCUCCGUAAACGUAUCUGCAGCGGGGAAGCCAAUUGCUCUGGCUCGUGGCCUCCCCAUGGUCGUGGAACUUUCAGGGAAGCAACUCGAGGACGCGACUAUUGCAGAUGUCAAGAGUGCGAUAGCUAAAAAAUUUCCGCGAUUCUACUUGGACCGCCAAAAAAUUACCCUCAAAGAUUCCAAGAAUAUUCUAGCUGAUGACGUUACGUUGAAGGUUGCUGGUGUGGCAGAAGGCGGGGAGUUGUCUGUGAAAGACCUCGGCCCGCAAAUUAGCUGGAAAACUGUAUUCUUGGUUGAAUAUGCUGGCCCACUGUUCAUCCACCCUGCGAUCUAUUACUUCCCCAAGAUAUUUUAUGGUGGUCCUGUGCAGCACAGCAUGCUUCAACGCUAUGUAUUAGCAUUUGUCAUGCUGCACUUCGCCAAACGUGAGCUAGAAACGCUGUUCGUGCAUCGUUUUUCGCAUGCGACUAUGCCCUUCAUGAAUAUCUUCAAGAACUCUGCUCAUUAUCACCUUGGAAGUGGUCUUGCCCUUGCGUACAGUAUUUACAGUCCUGUGUAUGGUGCUGCCUCGCCCUACAUUCGUGGCACAGUUCGCAAUGAUCCUCUGUACAUUCAAGCAGGUGCUGCUAUCUGGCUGUUCUCCGAAAUCUCCAAUCUCAUCACUCACAUCAAGCUCCGUAAGCUCCGGCCUGCAGGAAGCCGUAAACGCGCCAUUCCCAAAGGAUACGGCUUCAACCUCGUCUCGUUCCCGAACUACUUCUUCGAAUUCCUUGGAUGGUUGGUCAUUGCGGCUCUCACAGGAAGCUACGUUGCAUGGAUCUUCCUGGUCAUUUCGACGUAUCAGAUGUAUGUCUGGGCUAUUAAGAAGCACCGUGCAUAUAGGAAAGACUUCGGGAGCGAUUACCCAAGGGAUAGGAAGGCGAUGUUCCCUUUCAUUGCGUAA